AUGGCCAGACCGACGACAGUACUUCCUCCACCACGAUUUUCAGGAUUUUGCUAUAAUUAUGGACUCGAAGGCCACACUUCUCGUUUUUGUUCCAGACCACAGCGCACACAGUAUCCACAAAGGUCAGGAUCUUCACAUCAGUCUUUCAGGUCUCCCCAGCAACAGACGCCGCCGUUUAUGUCACAGCGACCUCCACUACAUCCUUCCGCCUCACAGCCUUCCUCGAGACCACCUCAGCCAUAUCCACAGAGGCCGCUACAGUCAUACUCGAGGCCACCACAGCAAGGACCUUCAUCGGUAUAUCAGAGACCACCUCAGCAGCCGUCGCCACAGGUUAAACCUCAGCAGUACCAGCAGUCAAGGCAGGGAGUUCAGACACCACGACCACAAGCUCAAGGCCGAGUCUACGCUUUAGUACAGUCAGGAGACGACACAGUACAGCCGUACGAAAACUUGGCGCAACAAUACGAGGGCCCAAUUCAAAGUUAUGAUGUUCUAGCACAGUCUGAGGAUGGAGCGACCCAGACUUAUGAUGAUGCCGCACUCUUAUAUGAGGAUCCAGCACCGCCAACAGGUGGCAUUAUUCAGCCUGACAUCGAAGCUAGCAGCGAUUUAGUCGAAGUUAUCUCCUACUCCCUUAGAUAA